UCCAAAACCCAAAUCUCACGUGCUUGAUCCCGAUUUUCACGUCUGAAGCCAAUUGACUGGCCAGCAUUCUUUCUCCAAACAUGAGGAUAGCCGUGAUUUCUCCCUUUCCUCCGCUCUCAGCUUCUUUCCCACUCCCCUCUCCGGCGAGAAGCGUCUUCUUUCAUUCUUCGAGGCCCUCAAUUUCUUCGCUUCCCUUAUAUUCUUCUUCUGCUUCUCGACAUGUUCAUCAAUGGGGGACUGAGCUUCAAGAGUUCUUUAGCAGGCGGCAGCCGGUUCUUGGGAGAGUAUCCGGAAUUGUUUCUGGCGUCGCUGACGGUGCUCAGGAGAUUAUUCCGGAGGUUGAGGAUGGACCCAGUGGCAGUGUCAUCUCUGCCCUUCUACUUGCUGCUUUCAUCGGUCUCUCCCUUCUCACAAUUGGGGUGAUCUAUUUGGCCGUUCAGGACUUCCUGCAAAAAAGGGAGAGGGAGAAGUUUGAGAAGGAGGAGGCGGAGAAGAAGAAGAAGGAUGGGAAGAAGAAGAAGGUCAGGGCAAGAGCUGGGCCAAGAGGGUUUGGUCAGAAGAUCGAUGAAGAAGACGAUGAUUAGAGUUUUAGAAGAUGUUGUUCGAACCUCAGCACUGCCAAAAUAUGUACAGGAAACGCCAUGGUCGAAGCUUUUUGUUAUGAAGAGAGUGGAAAUUAUUACUUCAUUUCUUUUCAGUUAAAUUCCACUUUUUGCCAUUAAAAUCUUAACAAUUCAAAGCCUUGAGCUCCAAAAUGAUGAACACCUUCAAUUAACUUUAAUGAUUAACUAAUGUAAAAAUUUUUCAUUCGGCUUCUAGGCUUUUAUAAUGAUAUAACGUUAUCGAGACAUCUUUCAUCACAUCACUGUCAGAACAGUAAAAGCUUCAUCAAAGAACAUUUCCAAAGUAGAGCUGACAGCAACUAAUUCUGAAAAUUGUAUAUCAAACAAAUAUGUGCCAGAUCUAACCAAGGAAAUUCAGCUCCUCGGCUAAACACCAUAUGUAUAUAGGCCUCUCAACAUUUCCAUCUUUUUACACUCACUCUGAGAUAUCUCUCUUACUCGAGUCCUUUCAACAAUUCCUUACAACAUGGAAUUCUUAGUAAAAUAUUGAGGCACUCCAUAAUUAUGUUGUGAUUAUUUGUAUUUGUAUGCCGAGUGAAUUAUCAUUUUGUGGAUCUUCACGUUAAUUUCUUGAUGUUCUUCGACUGUUCUAAUUAUCAUUUCAUGGAUUUCAACGGUUAUGGGUCGACCCAAAAUCUAAUUCGAUAAUCCAACCUAAUAUGAGUCGUGGAAUAGAUUUGGUGCUGAGGUGGAUAAUUACUUAGGGCUUUGAUUGGUGCAUAAUUAAAUUCGCAUUGCAGAAAAUAGGAUUACCGAUUAGAAAUCAAAAAAAAAAAAAAAAACAAACAAAAACAUAAUAAAAUAGUCAAAGGAAAACACAUCGGAAUUUAUGCAAAAAAUCUCGAGAUCGAGAAAAAAAUCACAGAGCCAGACCACACAAAAAGUUCACUAUGAAUGAGAGAAAAGUACAUAUUACAUCACUCAAAUCUUCUCUUUCAAAUCUCUAGCUCUAAAUCUUCUCUUGAUAUCACAAGUGAAAUCGCACGCAUCAAGAACUGUCUCUCGAACUUCACUACUUCUGUAAAAAGCACUUUGAGAUCAUUGCGUGCACAUAUAUAAUCUCAUCGUUCUGAAUCGAGGACUAAAAUAAAUUGUUUUGGCAGCGUAGAUAGCUUAUAAGAGGCAUAAUUAUUUCACACACUUGGCAAGACAAAGUCAAAGAGUCAAACUUGCCACGUGGUUACGCCGUUGUUCGGUUUAGGUACGCCAUUCGACAUAGCUACGCCCAUUUCAGGCAUGUCAACGCCAUGCUCAAGUGCAAGAGCACCUCUUUGAAGGCGUUGGAGUUUUCUCCUUCAGACUACAAGCUCCACACGCCAACAUCUGUGUCAAUCCAAUUUGAAAGUUAUUUGAGAUAAUAUUCACAUCAAGAUCAACCCGAACCAAAUCCGAUCGAUUGAUGUAGAAGAUAUUUAAAAAUAGAACUUUAUAUCAUAACUCAAGUUGCAACUAUUGUGGAAAAAAAUAAAAUGUAGUUGUAUUAAAGCUGAAAAGCUUCUUUCUUUAAAUAAUACUUAUGAUUGCUUCAAAGAAAAGUACUUCUUUGAAUUAUAUCA